AUGGCGGCCAAAACUACCCGAAAGGAGGUGAAUGAUGAAUUGGAUUUUUUAUCCUCAAAGUUCGAUCCAUUUAAAGCUCUGUACACCAAAGACCUUCAACCACCCGUCCCUAACAUAAAAGUAUUCAAUAAUUUGGUCGAAUAUGCGAUUGCAAUCAAGGAAGGAAAGACGAAGACAACCACAGUCUCUAGGGAGAAUAGAGCGAAAAGUGUGAAAUCUUUAGCAUCACAGACUGCCUCUAGAACGAAAAAUCUUAAACCGGAGUACAAACCAGCUGAGAAGGAAGGUCUGCAAGAAAGACUUAAGGCUAUUGCUGAAUCAAAAGCAUUUAUCGCUAAGAACAGAAAAACUGAGAUAAAGAUUGGUGGACGAGUGGAAGACGCAAAACUGCACGAAUUUAUGCUGGCCGAGGAAACAUAUAAAGCACAACAACGAAAGAAGAAACGAGUGGAUGUGAUACAAAAAAUGGAAGAUCUUAGUCAAGGACCUUUCAGAAUACUUCACACUUGUCUUACUGAGAGGCGCAAAAUAAAAGUUUGGACAAGGAGAUACAAAGGACUGCGCAGUGUCUUGGCUGGAUACCUUAUUGCUUUUGACAAACACAUGAAUCUUGCUCUAUUCGAUGUGGAUGAAGUGUACACCUUAGAGGAUAGUGUCGAACGGCAAAUGUCUCCCGAAACAACAAAAAAGAAGAAAAAGAAGAAAAGGAUAGCUUCGCUACUUGAAAAUGAAGAAGCAAAAGAAACGAGGAAAAGUGAAUCCGCUGACAACAAUUCCUCUUUAAUGCCGUCACGUGAGCUGGAAGAAGUAGUUACCAUGAACACUAUUGGUGAUGCUGCCAAUGAAGUGUUUGUUAGUGAUAAUCAGGUUGGCACGAAGACUGUCCUGCCUUGUACACAUAUUAAGCCUCGGUUACCUUCCCCUAAUUCUAAUGAAUCCAUCUUUGGAGACUAUAGCAAUACAGGUCAUUCUAGUUACGGUAAUUCUAAAGACGGUUAUGAAGAUUCCUCGUCACCUUCAGCAAAAGCCCUGAGUAUAGCUUUACAAGCUCCUUUUUUUCAUCGUGUUGAUCAUGCUCACAAAUCUCCUCUCAGAACUGAAGAUGAACAUUCUGUUAGUAGAGAAUCUGAAGAUACACAAGAUUCUAAAGGAAUCGAUGAUCCAGUAUCAAAGAGGACUUCUGAUUUUCGAAUGGUAAAAUUCCCGACGAGAAAUUUGUCUCGUGUUAGUGUCUGUGACAAUGGUAACAGAAAGAACGUUCAGAUUGGUAGCGCGGAAGAACUCACACAGACUCGCCAUCCUGAAUUCAUAAUAGAAGUGAGUCGGGGGACAGUAAAGGAGGACUGCCUUUUGUAUUGUACCGACGGAGAGGAACGAAUUGAUAGGACUGAAAGCACUAACGGAUCUAAUAUUUCGCAAGGGAAAACCAAUCCUUACGAUGUUCAUGCUAGAGACUUAAAUAAUUUGGAGGAAAAGAACCAAAACACAUCAGCUGAAACAUUAAAUUUGGAGCUUUGCGGAAUUCUCGAAGCAGCUUACUGUAGUGAAACAUCAGUUCCUUUUACUGCACGUGACAUUCGCCUGGUAGAUAAUGAAACCAUUUCACUUAAUCAGGAAAAUAAUGUAAAACAUGACAAGGAAGAAAGUGAACGAGUUGUGGCUGAAACAAAUUCUCCUUUGACACUCUUGGAGUGCUUUGAAUCAGAGGAAAGUGCAAAGAGGGAAGAGAAACGACCGGAGACUAUCGAGUGUGUGCCACUCUCCUCAAAGAGAGUUGAUGAUUUUGUUGGUCCAGUUAGUACAUCCUCUACCAAGAAUAGUAAAGGGGACUUAACUUCUCCCGCUACUUGUGAUGUGGCUAGUACCGCUGAGGAAAAGAUAGACAGGGAAACAGGAACUGUCUUUAACGCCACUUCAGAGUAUCGGAAGAUUGACCAUCUGACGUACAGGGGCAAAGUUCCGUCUUUGCAAUGUGGGGCAAAGCCUGUUGCCGAUGAACAAAGGAAAGAGGAAAAAGGAGUUUCUAUCCCAAAAGAGACGAAUAAAUCUAAGGAGGUUCAGGGUGAUGAUAAGGAAGAAGGUGAAAUUACUUCCGAGGAAGAAGGCGCUUCAGAGACUCAAAGGCAGAGUGAAAAAGGUAGAGAAGAAGGUGAACUUUCUUCGUCUGAUUCCGAUCUAGAGGUUGCUCUUGAUGCCUCUUCACAGGGAACCCAAAAAACAGCUCGUUGCAAAAGUAAAGUGAGUGAAGGCGAAUGUGAAUUGAGAAGAAUAAAAAAAGACUUGUGCUCAACAAGGCGCCAGUCGUCAACUGAAUUGCGCCAGAAAUCAUCUAAAGAAAAGUCCAGAAAACCUGGAAAUUCAGGAUGUGAUGGAGGAGCCUCUUUGUCUUCCACUAAAAACUCAGAUUUGAGGACAAAGUUAGGUCAAAUAAGAAAAAAGGGAUCAAUUUUAGCCUGUGGCUCUCCCGAUAGUGGCACUCAUGAUCGUCUCCGUGGAACACAAUCGGCUGAAAAUCAGGGAAAUCUGGAAAAAGUUAAACAAGAUGGCUUUAAAGCUGUAAAUCAAACGAGCAAAAAGGAAGUUACAUUGAGUGGAUCUUCUCAGACAAAGAGGAGACAAACAGGAAAGCAUUUAAGAGGAAGUGGGUCUUCCGCUGGUUGUAACCCAAAGAGUAAUGGACAAAGGAACCAAGUAAGAGGAAAGAAGGAAAUAAAUAAAGAAAGGAAAAGCAUUUCUCUACAGGACGAUGAUGAUAGAACAAAGAACAAAGUUAGACACACAAACUCAAGACGCAAAACUGAGGGUCGUUCUCACAACUCCCAGCUUAAGUUGAAUAAAACUGCUCCAAAUUCUUCACCCGAGUCAAAAUCUAGGGAAAACGGAGGGAAUUCACGCAGUUUUAAAAGUCAUAAACCAAAAGUUAGGGCAAAGGAAUCGACAGUCACUCGUGGCUCGCCGAUAUUGAAGAACAGUUACAUCAAAGAAGACAAGAAACUAGCGAAAGAUUCUGAAACUGAGCAGAAAAUGAAAACUAAAGCAUGUUCCCAAGUAUCAGACACUAAAAGUUUACCUAAACAUGUUAGGAUGCAAGAUCCGAAGAGUAGGGACUCAACUGGGAAGCGUGCUCAUCGAAACAACGUAGUUAAUCACUUAUCGGACUCAUCCGACGAGAGAAGCUUAGGGCGUCCUUUGGAGAGUGAGACAAAAGCCGUUGUCUCGACUCAUGCUAAGUGCAAUAGUGAGAGUGAUACACACGGUCGUAAGAUGGCAAGCUCACGUGUCUUAAGUUCACAACCCAAAGAGCAAAGUAAGUCUGCGAGUAAUCUUAAAGUGAGAGACGAAUCAAAACGAAUGAUAGCUAAUGCGGUAAAACAGCGGAACGACAAUAGAAAGAGGGAAUUAAAACAGGCUAAGACCACAGUUAAGGUUUCUCCACGAAAGGCGUCCAGAAAGAUUACUAAAAACGUUAUUGCGAAUUUUACCUCUAAAACUAAAGUUCAACUUGAACGUGGUGAGACGGGAAGUACCAGGAAGCGGAGAACUAGUAAUGACACGGAACUGCACCAUGCCAAGAAACUGCGUCGUGAACCGGAAGAGAACGGUCGGUCAAAACUUCCAAUGGAGGCUUCAAAAUUUGAGAUUCCCCUGUCUAACUUGAAACGUGGCGAGAAUGACAUUAAAAGCGGAUAUACAGAUAAUUCCCAGAAAAGCACCGAUGGACUACACAGCCCUCAGCUAAAAACGGUUAUGAUUGGUCGUAACAAGUGUUUGGUGUUUAAACAUCGUCAUAUUAACCAGCUGUUUCUCAGAGGAGAUAAUGUUGUCAUGGUAGCUUACGCAAAGUGAUGUAGAUGAUUGACUCUUAAGUUGAUUCUUACGUUAAAGUGAAGAAAAAAUUAUUAAUUAAGCGGUCAUUAAUGAAAUAUGAAACUGGAUUCAGCCCAAGUAAUAUUUAAAGUAAAGAUAUAACACACGCAUGCGUCUUUUUCACUGUUAGGAGAGGGGAAUGGUUCAAAAUCGCAACAAGUUUCUGGCUCGUGUGUUUUUGUUAUCUUUUUUUGCGGACCCUGACUUUACACAAUCUUCAUUACCAUUUAAGUUAUUUUUAACUGAUUGACCAUUAGAAACCUCUCAUUGAUUUUUUUAAGUCGCAAAAUGGGAACACUAAAACAUGAGAAUGUUUACGUUAAGGGAGUGCCCAACAAAAACUGCAGCACUAUAGAUUUCAUCUUUGGUUUUUGCUGGCUUUCUUAGCCCGUAACUUCACAAAUUGAUGGUUUUGUACGUCUUUAAAUGUAGUUAUUCAUCAUCGAAAGUAUGCACCGAAAAAACUUACGUUUUUUGAUCGCGCGCAUUAACAGAAUGAACACACUUUAAUCUGCAGAUCAAGCAGUGAAACGAAGCGCUUACUUCGGACCAAAUCAGGACUAUUUGACAUAUAGCCAGUUGUAAAAUAAACAGCUUCUUGAGUACAAGAUUAAUUUUCGAAAGAAUACCAAUCCGAAGUGUUCCAUCAAAAACGUUAUACCAACCCUUAAAAAAAUUGAAGAAUUUGUCCGAACAGUGAGCAAAUGAGGUUGUUACGUAAAACACUAAAAAGGUCUGCGCCUGCUAUUUAUUAGUUCUCUAUUUAUUUCCAGACUCUGAAGAGAAAGAUGAUCGUAUGAAGUUUAUCUAAGUUCCGGUAACAAAUAAAAAAUAUGUGCAUCUAUAUGGAAAAGGCCAAAUAAAUGAA